UUCAGAAUAUUUAUAGAGAUAAUAAAAUGCAUAUCGAAUAUGUGUUUAAUAUGAUAGUGGUAGCAACAGCAACGCAACUUACCCUCCAAGAUAAAGUGACAGAUAUGCUGGAGGAACUCGCUGAUAAUAUUUACAGAGUAGGUGAUGCAAAUAAAAUGACUAUUUAUGGUCAAAAAGCUGACAAAGCAAUUUCUACAGCACAAAAAAUGUACACAAAAAACGAACCAUUUCAAGAAAAACAUCUUUCAUCCAAACUAUUUACGAGUGAAAGCACUAGUGAUCAACUAAUUCUUAGAAAACUUAUAUCUCUUCUAGAAACCUCUGCCUCUCAUGACCUUAAAAAUAAUCAACAGCUAAAAAAUAUAGAAAAAACAGAGACCAACAAACUCGGUUAUUUUUUAAAAGAAUUUAAAGAAAAAUUUAAAAACGAUAUGCCUCCACCACCUAAAAGCAACGGCAUUCUUCUUCACCGUAACAAUUGGGAAGAAGAAAAAGAGGAUGACAAAAAAGAGUUAAAUGAAAUCUCUUUUCUAAGUGGAUUUCCUUGGCGAAAUGUUAACAAUGCAAAAAAAGAAACGCCUAAAGAAAGAGACAAGGAAAAACCUAAAUGGUUACCAUGGUAUGAAAAAAAAGAACUAUAUAGUAACAUGUGGAGCGGCAUCUCAGCAGCGCAAGAUGAGAAUGAAAAAGAUAAAAAAAAGAUAUCUAUUAUAAAACGCAUUGUCAAUGAUUUAAAUGAACUAUUUUCAUUAAAUUAACAAAUAUGAAUAUCUUUUCUUUAUUACAGUAACUAGUUUAUUACUGUAUUUUUGUCGUUUGAAGUUUUUUAAACAGAUUAAGGAGGAAAUUUAAGCGUCCUUUAGAAAAAUGAAUUGUUAUUAGUAACUUAUAUCAUUUUGGAAACAUUUUAGUUAACAAACGGGAAAUCAAUAAGUUUCAUUGGCACACUGGAGACUACCGAACAAGUUUGUAUGCUGAUUUGUCGUGUUUAUUGUAAAAAAAUUUUUUUUUUUUUUUUUGCUAGUACAUUUACAAGUUAUAGAAUCUAUCUAUCAAACUUAAUUUAUCUAAUUUAAUAUUAUAUUUAUUAGUCUAACAUUAUAUCUAUUAAUUUAAUAAUAUAUUUGUUAAUUUACAAAAUAUACUUUACCUAAAUUGAAGUUCGGUGUUUGAAAAUAUUGAAUGUUUUAUGUAAACAAAUAACUUGUAAUUUUUUUAAAGUAACCGUCGGAUAAGUAACUUUAAUUGAGUACUUAUCCAACGGUGUAUUUGUCAACUUUUUAUUACUUGUGAUGGAACCGCAACUUGUCACGAGUUUAUAAUAGCCAUAAUCACCGCUGAUUUAACACCAAUCCAUUGGUGAGUUAGUGGUGAUUCUAGGGCCGUCUCUAAGGGAGCGUAAGGGGUUUCUAAGCACCCUCCCCUCUCUCCCUACGAAAACUUAUAAUAUAUACCAAAAUAUAUAGCUUACGGAGAUUUUUUGAAUUUUCAGUUAAAAAUUUUUUACUACAAAAUUAAAAUUCAUUCAGUAUUGUUUUUCUGAGCUUAUUAUUUGAAAAAAAUUGAUUUUGCA